UAACUAACCAGUCCAUCCGCUGUGUGUUACAGCAACUGAAACACCCCAACCUGGUGAACCUGCUGGAAGUGUUCAGGAGGAAGCGGAAGCUGCAUCUGGUCUUCGAAUACUGCGACCACACAGUUCUCCAUGAGCUGGACAAGCACCCCCGGGGGGUGCCGGAGCAUCUAGUGAAGAGCAUAACCUGGCAGACCCUCCAAGCUGUGAACUUCUGCCAUAAACACAAUUGCAUCCACCGAGAUGUAAAACCAGAAAACAUCCUGAUAACAAAGCACUCGGUCAUCAAACUUUGUGACUUUGGAUUUGCUCGCAUACUGACUGGGCCGAGUGAUUAUUACACAGACUACGUGGCUACCAGGUGGUACCGCUCUCCGGAGUUACUCGUGGGAGACACCCAGUACGGCCCUCCCGUGGACGUGUGGGCGAUAGGCUGCGUCUUUGCAGAGCUGCUGUCCGGGGUCCCCCUGUGGCCUGGCAAGUCGGACGUCGACCAGCUGUACCUCAUCCGGAGAACCCUGGGGGAUCUUAUUCCCAGGCACCAGCAAGCGUUCAGCACCAACCAGUUCUUCAGUGGGGUACGAAUUCCAGACCCAGAGAGCAUGGAGCCGUUAGAAAUGAAGUUCCCUAAUAUUUCAUACUCUGCUUUAGCUCUCAUGAAGGGUUGCCUUCGUAUGGACCCUGCAGAGAGGCAGACAUGUGAGCAGCUGCUGCAGCAUCCCUAUUUUGACAGCAUUAGGGAGGCAGCGGAUCUGGGGAAAGAACAUGAAAAAACGGCUCGGAAACCAGCCAGGCUGACUCGGAAGCACGUGCCGGGGUUACAGUACCUGCCUCAGUUAACCCGUAGUAACGUUCUGCCAGCUUUGGACAGCAAGAAGAACUGCUGCAAAACAAGGAAAUCAGACUGCCACUUCCCUAACAUCUAA